GGACGGGCGCGGCAGCGACUAGGUUUGGUCUCUAUGGCCGACGUCGAUAAGCUGAAUGUUGACGUUUUGAUUACACGAUUGUUGGAAGGUGGUUUGCACGAUGUUUAUAAUGAAACUGAUAAUACAGUUAGAGGUUCCCGUCCUGGCAAGAACGUUCAGUUGACGGAGGCGGAAAUUCGUGCGCUGGCCUUGAAAUCUCGAGAGAUAUUUUUGCGGCAACCUAUCUUGUUGGAACUCGAGGCCCCUUUAAAAAUUUGCGGUGACAUUCAUGGUCAAUAUUACGAUUUGUUGCGUCUGUUCGAAUACGGGAGCUUCCCACCUGAGGCAAAUUACUUGUUCCUGGGUGAUUAUGUAGACCGUGGGAAACAAUCCCUGGAAACCAUUUGUCUUCUCCUGGCGUAUAAAAUCAAAUACCCAGAGAAUUUCUUCCUUUUACGUGGCAAUCAUGAGUGCGCAUCUAUAAAUCGAAUUUAUGGAUUUUACGAUGAGUGCAAGCGACGAUAUAACAUAAAACUAUGGAAAACAUUUACGGACUGCUUUAAUUGUCUUCCAAUAGUAGCCAUCGUAGAUGAGAAGAUAUUUUGCUGCCACGGUGGUCUAUCGCCUGACCUUCAAUCGAUGGAACAAAUACGCAGAAUAAUGAGACCAACCGAUGUACCGGAGCAGGGAUUGCUUUGCGAUCUCUUGUGGUCCGAUCCUGAUAAAGAUAUUACUGGGUGGGGUGAGAACGAUCGCGGUGUUAGCUUCACUUUCGGUGGGGACAUUGUCACAAAAUUUUUGCACAGCCAUGAUUUGGACCUUAUUUGCCGUGCACACCAAGUUGUGGAAGAUGGUUACGAGUUCUUCGCAAAGCGCCAGCUGGUUACGCUGUUCUCAGCUCCUAACUACUGCGGUGAAUUUGACAAUGCCGGUGCAAUGAUGUCAGUUGAUGAGUCAUUGACAUGCUCGUUUCAA